AUGAUAUUGGAUAGAAUAUUUGUGGAUAAAGGAUGGCAAACUGUGAAGCAGGACAAAAGUCAAGAAGAGAAUUUGACAAACUCGGAAGAUACACGAAGUGAUCAUGAUAGUCAAAAUGAGACAAAUGAAGAUGAGGGAAUAAUUACAUUAAGUGAUGAAGAAUUUGAAGAAAUUAAUCGAGCUAUUACGUAG